UGGCCCAGUUACUGGCCAAUUUACUGACCAAUUUAGUAGCCAACUGAUUGACCAACUCAAUGGCCAACUGAUUGGCACAAUUACUGAUCAAGAUUUUGGUCAACUUACUGACCAACUUACUGGCCAAAUUCAAUAUUAUAAAAAGA